CACGUGGGUCGGAGGAAUGGCGGCGCCGAAGCUCCGCGUGAACGCGGCCUUCGCGGAGCGGCUCCGGCGGAACCGGGAACGGGAGGAGCUGAGGAGGCUGCAGGAGCGCUAUGGGGACACCGGCUCUGGCUCCAGCUCCGAGUCCGACUCCAGUGGGGACGAGGUGCCCGAGGAUCCCAUCCUGGAGCGGGAAUUCUACCGGAUGCUGGCGCUGCUCAAGACCCGGGAUCCCCGCAUCUAUCGCCCCGACAGCACCUUCUACACCCCCAGAGAUUCCUCCUCCUCAUCAUCAUUGGAGGAGGAGGAGGAAGAGGAGGAAAAGCGCCCGGCAAAGCCGAUGUUCCUGAAGGACUAUGAGAGGAAAGUGGUGCUGGAGAAGGAGGGCAAAUACGUGGAUGAAGAGGAUGAGGAGGACGAGGAGGCUGCAGCAAAGAGGAGGAAGCGAAUGGCUUCCAAGAGCUACGUGGAGGAGCAGCAGGAGCUGAAGGAGAGCUUCCGACCCUUCAUGGCUGAGAGCGAGGAUGAGGAGGAGGGGGGGGGCUCUGCUCUGCUGCGGCCCCGCACUCGGACAGAGGAGGAGAAGGAGCAGGAGGAGGAGGAGUACAUCCGGUGGCUGAAGGGGCAGGGGGGGCCCCCCCCGGAGCCACUGCAGGAGCUGGCCCCCCUGCAGCGGUUCUGGACGGACCCGGAGCUGGAGGCGGGCGAGCGGUUCCUGCGGGAUUACCUGCUGGAGCGCGGCUACCGGGAGCGGGACGAGGACGAGGAGGAGGAGGAGGCCGAAGGGGCCCCCCCAUCCCUUCAGGACUCCUCGGAUGAGGGGGAGCUCUUCCUGGCCAGGCAGGAGCAGUUCGAGCGCUCCCACAACUUCCGCUUCCAGGAGCCAGGAGCGGAGCAGGUGCAGACGUUCCCAAGGAGCAUCCCCACGUCCGUGCGGCGCCGGGAUGAGAGGAGGAAGGAGAAGAGGGAGGAGAUCCGGGAGAGGAAGAGGAAGGAGAAGCAGCGGCACCGGGAGGAGCUGAAGCACCUCAAGAACCUCAAAAGGGCCGAGGUGGCCUCGCGGCUGCGGCGGCUCCAGCGCGCGUCCGGCACCGGCUCCGGCUCCGGCACCGGCACCGGCAUCACCGCGGCCGCGCUCGAGGGGGACUUCGACCCCGAGCAGCACGACCGGCUCAUGGCGGAAUGCUUUGGGGACCAGUACUAUGGGCAGGAGGAGGAGGAGAAGCCCCAGUUUGAGGCUGAGGAAGGGCUGGAGGAUGACUGGAACUGGGACACGUGGACGGGUCCAGCCGAGGGGGGGGCUGAGCAGGAGCCCCAUUGUGAGGACCCCGACUUUGUGAUGGACGCCGAUUACACCCCUGCACCCCCCCCCAAGCGCUUCCGGGACGCACUGGAGCGGCACAAACCCCCCUUUGACCCUGGCUCCAGCACCCUGGAGCAGUACCUGGAUGAGUUCUAUGGGCUGGACCAUGAGGAUGUGAUUGGGGGGGACCUGCCCUGCCGCUUCCGCUACCGCCGCGUCCUGCCCUGCGACUUCGGCCUCACCACCGAGGAGAUCUUGGCAGCGGAUGACAAGGAGCUGAACCGCUGGUGCUCCCUGCGCAAGACCUGCAUGUACCGGUAAGGGGGGGGGG